AUGGCGCCACCUGCUGCGUCCAUCUCGCCCGUCUGCUGCGUCCCCUUCCCCGCUUCAGCCCUCGUCGCGCAUGACAACGAGAGCAAGGCCGUCCUCGACGCCUUCUUCCUCGGGAAGGCCUUCGCGGAGGCGCUCACGGAGCGGGUCGAGUCGGUGGUGGGCGAGGUGUUCAGCGUCGUCGGGCAGUGGCAGGCCGAGCAGCAGAAGCAGGUGCAGGAGUUCCAGGAGGAAGUAGUACAAAGAGCCCAAAAGGCUAAGGAAAGAGCUGCAACGGAAGUCAGUGAUGAUAAGGGGACAAAGUCUCUAAGGGAACCUUCAGCAACAAUUGUGAAGACUACACCUAUGUCAUCUUCAUCUCCCCCUGCUACUCCCACACAGACAGAAUAG